AUGAUUCUCCGAAUUCUUCUCACACUACUUAUUCUCACCUACUCUCCCGGUGUUCUCACAAUUUCACAGUGCGUCAAAGCAACUAGAGAUACUGUGAGAUGUGACGAUUUUAUUGAUUUUAAUGGAACUGCAAAAGUUCUCGUAGUUGGAAAUUGCUCCAGCUUACAAAACAUUGACGAAAUGUUAGGAUUCGGACCCUUUCACUCUGUGACCAAUGUCACAUUUGACUGCGUCGUAACCCACUUUCCAUGGGAAUUCGCCAACAUUUUCCCAAAUAUUCGACACAUUCAUAUCAAUAAGUGCAAUUUGACAUCCCUUCCGUGGCAAAGUAUAUGGACUGAGACACUAAAAACUGUGGACUUUAGCAGUUGCCCAAUUCAGUGUUCCUGUCAAAAUCAAUGGAUGAGAGCAAAGGAAAUCUUUGAAAAGAUAACAGAGCCAAAAUCUCUGCGAAAAUGUGCGUGGAACUGUGAUCCUGGAAAGAUGAUGUUUCCGGGAGUGAUAUAUUCAAAAAAUGGAGACAAUGUGACAGUUCACGUUGGAUUUGAUGAUCAAGUUUUAAAUCGAACAAUUGACAAGCCUUACUUCGAUUGGGCAUUCUCAAAGCAUCCCCACAAACAUGAAGAGAUUAUAGCGGAGAAAGGUGCAGACUUGAUGAUAACCAAUUUGAAGAGAGAGGAUAUGGGAGUUAUUGGAGUAAAGUGCUGGCAUUGUUUGGAUUUUCUUGUUGGAAAAAUUGAGCUUCGUGCGAAUUAUCCCGUCAAAGUUGCAUUUGUUGAUAAGACACGUCUCGAUACGGAUUUCUUGGUUGUCACCGGAUAUCCCAUCGACAAUAUCUCUAUGGCAAUUACAAAAAUGCAGAGCAACUACAGUGAAACAAACUUUGUUGGACGUGAAAAAGACGCGAUUUUCUUCUCGAGUCUAGUUGUGCGAAUGGAAAAACGCCCACUCUUCUAUCAAAAAACAUAUCGAGUAUUCACAAAGGACGCUGCAGAAGGUGAUCAUUUGUCUGGAGAUUUGAGGUUUGAAGUCUGUACAAAUGGAAGCUGUGAUGCAAUUGAAAAGCACGUCUCACAUUUGGGUCUAAUUAAUGGAACUAUUGACGACUUCAUAAUCGUGGAAUACCCUUACAAACAAGAAAUUCAAAUAGUUGUUUUUCUGAUUGUUAUUUGCCUGCUGAUUGUGGUAUCUGCAUUAGCGUUCUACCACAGGUUGAAGUUACAAAGUUUCCUGAGAGAGAAGAUUCUAAGCUUCCGCAAACGAAUAUCACUUGCGCAAGAACUACAGACACGGCGUGCCAGCCAAGAAACCGAAGAAACAUUGUUACGCCUAGAGGAAAGAUCUUCAUUGGCUUCUGAUUACACGAACAUGACACUUCCGUUUAUCGAUAUGGGCAACAUUGAGAUUCACGAAAUGUUGGGAAAAGGGCAUUUCGGUGAGGUAUACCUUGCAUCUUGGGACUAUACUGGUCCGAGGAGUGUUGCUGUCAAAAGUAUCAGAAGAGUUGACAUGGCAACUGAAAAGGAGGCCCGUGUGCUUCAAGAUUUGGAACAUCCAAAUAUUGUCAAACUGUACGGAAUGACUCGAAAUAAUUUCAAUCUUCUACUUGUCUUCGAGCACAUGAAUCAUGGAGACUUGAAAACUUACUUGGAGCAACGUGCACCGGUUAAAUCCGUAUAUUUGCAAUAUCCACCACCAUUGGUUAUUGAUGAGCUGAAGUGGAUAAUCAAAGAGAUAACCACUGGUCUCGUUUAUCUUGUUGAGCAGUCGAUUGUCCAUCGUGACUUGGCAGCAAGAAACUGUUUAGUAGCGGGAGAUUCAGAUUUGAAAGCAACAAGUCAUUUUGAACGGCCACCGAUUAGAGUGAAGAUAUCCGAUUUUGGAAUGUCCCGUCGGUUAUAUGAUCAUUCGGAGUACUACACGAUGGAUCAUCGAGGUGCACUCCCUGUUCGUUGGCUACCACCAGAAGCUGUGCAAUCGCACAAGUUCACAUACAACAGCGACAUUUGGUCUCUUGGUGUGACAAUGUGGGAGUGCAUGUCUUAUGGACGACAGCCUUUUGAUGGUCUCAGCAAUUUAGAAGUUUCAUCUUUCACAUUAGCAGGCAUGAGACCAUUAAAACCGGAACGAUGUCCACAAGAUAUGUAUGAUUUGAUGGUCAAGUGUUGGCACAUGGAGCCAGUUAAACGAAUAACAGCGAAACAAAUUCUCGAAGACGAGCUUUUCGACAAAAUUCGCGAGGGACUCCCUUACAGGGCUGCGAAUGAGGCUAACAGUUUAGUGAGCUCGUGCAUGUUGAAUAUCAAUAGAUACAAAGAUGUUGUCGCGGAAACGAGCUUCACCACAGACCCACUAAACUCAUCUGAGAUUGAAGUGAACGAUGUACCUACUGAAAAUGGAAAAGUCAACGGACAAACUGUCGAGAAGGCUGAAUACGAAAAGUCUGAAUCAGAGUCUGAUUCUGGCGCUGUUACAUUCCAUGGGGAAUGUUCCGAGGAUCCGUUGCUCUGUGAUCGAUCAAUCGGAUGA